UAUUGACCACCUGGCACCAAAUACGGCGACUCGUCACUAUUGAUUAAAUCGGCAACGUUUUUUGUAUUGAUUUAAUGCGCUGUGGCUCCAUCCACCGUAUAUACGAUAUUUAUUAUAAAUAAUUUAUAACACAUGAGUGAUUUAUGAAAUUUAAUAACUGAUAAUAAAAUCUGUGAUAGCUGAUCAUGAUAACAGAGUCGCCCAUCUUACAGACGUUCUAGACGCUUGUCUAUUAUCUCCUACCGUCGUCGGCGCGCGCCUUAUAAAAUUUAAUUUCUCAUUAAAUUUCUUACAGUAUUUGAGUUUCGUACUUGCUAUAAUAUUAUACUUUUGUACUUUUGUGUGCUAUCGUCAAUUAUCAACAACGUUCGCCGUCGCCGUCUCCAGGUGCCAAAUUUCCAAAUUCCAACCUACACUCUAGUAGAGUGACUCUACAGUGCCCCACAGCUAUUGCCGCGACCGACACAGGCAUUCAUAUCUUGACUUAUAAAUAUACAAUUCAUAAUGGAAAAUAUAAUACCAGAAACCAGUAGAUGCAAACCAGUCAAAUUGUUUAAAAAAUCAUCCUUCAUUGACAUGUAUGAGGGUUUGCAAUCCUUACGCAAUGAUGAGAUUUUUUGUGAUAUUAAACUGGAAACGGACGAUAACAAAAUAAUAACUGCACAUAAAGUGGUUUUAUCAGCGGCUUGUCCGUAUUUCCAUGCUAUGUUCACAAAUUUUGCAGAAAGGAAUCAUGAUCUUGUGGAAAUGAGACAUAUAGAUUAUACCGCUUUACUGCUUUUAGUGAACUUUAUUUAUUCAGGACAAAUCUUGAUCACUGAAGAAAACGUCCAGGAUAUAUUACCGGCUGCAGAUCUCUUGCAGUUCCAAGGAGUAAAAGAGGCUUGUUGUGAUUUCUUACAAUCACAGCUCUGUCCUACAAAUUGUAUCGGAAUUAACUAUUUAGCUGAUUUACACAGCUGUACAAAAUUGAUAACAAGUUCAGAAGUAUAUAUUCAUCAACACUUUUCAGAAGUUGUUGGUUGCAAAGAAUUCCUAUCUUUAUCAUCGGAACAAGUGGUUAAGUUGAUCUCUAGUGAUAGACUUCCAGUAUCAUCUGAAGAAAAAGUAUUUGAAAGUGUUAUUCGUUGGGUAAAAUAUGAUUUGAGUUCAAGAAAUAGCAUUUUACCCCAAUUAAUGGAACACGUACGAUUACCAUUAACAUCAAAGGAUUUCAUAUUAAAAUAUGUACUUACGGAACCUCUUAUUAAGAAUUGUUUAAAAUGUUAUCAAUAUGUAUUUGAGGCAUUAAAUACACUCAAAUCAAAAGAGCUUGUUCCACAAAUCAUCCAGAAUACACCUAGGCAUGGAGAAAGAGGUAUACUAGUUGUUGGUGGAAUUUAUUCUGGAUUAAGUAAUAGUUUAGAAUGGUAUGACCCAACCAUGAACCAUUGGUAUAUUGGACCACAAAUUAUUACUAACCGUGAAAGACCUGGUCUAGCCGUAAUUAAAGAUAAUUUAGUAUUUUAUGUGGGUGGUUAUGAUGUAUCACCUCUUCGGUCUGUAUUUGUGCUUGAUUUAUCUUCAGAAUCACCUUGUUGGCAACCAAGUGUCAACAUGUUAGUUGAACGUGAUUAUGUAAGAGUUGGUGUAAUAAAUGAUAAUAUAUAUGCCGUAGGAGGAUAUAAUCAUACGGAUGGUUAUUUAAAUAGUGCAGAAGUUUAUUACUACAAUACUCAAGAAUGGCAUAUGAUAUCUAAUAUGCCUAUUGUAAGAAUUUUUUUUGCGGUCGGAAUCCUGAAUGAUCUUUUAUAUGUGGUAGGAGGUUAUAAUCAAUCAAGACAGGCUUUAGACACUGUUGAAUGUUAUAAUCCCAGUAUUGAUAUGUGGUCACCAGUCGCAAACAUGUGUGUAUGUCGCAGUGGUGCUGGUGUAGGAGUUUUAUACGGUGAACUGUAUGCUGUAGGCGGUGAUAAUGGAUCAGACCUUUUGAGUAGUGUUGAAAAAUAUAGUCCAACAACAGGAGUUUGGACUACUAUAGCAGAUAUAAGUUUUCCACGAAAAAAUGCAGACGUAGUCGCAUUAGAUGGUUUAUUGUAUAUCGUCGGUGGAGUGACCCAAACUCCUGAUUUUGAAUCUGUAGAAUGUUACAACCCAAACACCAAUACGUGGGCCAUGGUCACAGCGACAAUGAAUGUUGAACGGUUUUUACCUCGAUCAGUAGCCAUUAAUAGGCCACGACAUUUAACAACUUGUUAGCAUUCAUGAUUAUUUUUUUGGUACAAUAUAUGUUUUCAUAAAUUGCAUUAUUGUAUGUUACACCAUGUUUAUUGUAUUAUUUUUAAUUUUACAUCUUUUAUGUUUAAUUUCUAUAGCUAAUUAAGGUUUCUUCUCAUAAGUAGUUAUUAUUGUAACCAAAAAAACUAUAAAAUAUAUACCUAAACACAAUUUUA